UAAUAUCAGAAGGCCUGUUGUAACGAAAACUACGACAUUAUAAAUACAAGUUGCGACCAAGCGCGCCCGAGUGUGUGAACGGACGCCUUAGCCAACGCAAACCGCGGGAAAAUUUGACAUUUGCGUUCGGGAAAUUUGCCGCCAUGUUCCUUUUGAAGGCACUACUCUUCGCCGCAGCGUGCGCCUGCGUCACCUCCCAACAGGGCCCCACUACCACACCCGUCCCAAUACUAAAGCAGAUAAACAGACAAAACGACGAUGGCUCCUACAGCUAUGGGUACGAAGCAGCCGACGGUUCCUUCAAGAUCGAAACCAAAUAUCCCAAUGGGGAUGUAGCUGGGAAAUAUGGUUAUGUGGAUGAAAACGGCAAGUUGCGAGAGGUGUCGUAUGGUGCUAGCAGUCAGAGAGGAUUUGAGCCAGAAGGAAACGGCAUUAUGGUUCCGCCACCGACUCUUAACGAUCCCUCCUCACACAACGCUCUCACUGACGGCCAAGAAGACGAUGGCCAGUACAGAGAAGACCCCAAAAUCUACGAGGAUCCCAAGUACAACGGACGCGCGCAAGGCAGGCCAGCGUUCAGGCAAUUCCAGAAGGCCGUACAACCUGAAUACCAAACGCAACCGCAGACGUUCCAACAACCUCAAACCUACCAAUCACAGAGCUACCAACAACCACAGACCUACCAACAACAACAAACCUACCAACAACAAACCUAUCAACCACAGAGCUACCAGCAGCCUCAGAGAUACCAGCAGCCUCAAACUUACCAAUCACAGCAGAGCUUCCAGCCACAAUCGAACUUCCAAUUCCAAUCCCCCCAACGUUCUAACCUAUUCUCUCAGCAGAGUACUUUAAACCAGGCCCCUCAGCAAUUCCCACAAAGCCAGGUGUACCACCAACAACCGCAGUUCUCGUACCAGGCUUACACCCCACAGCCGUACCAGAAUUACCAGAACCAAAACUACAACCCUUUCUCUGGUCACCCCGCACAAAACUUUGACCCCAACACUGGCUCCUACUCAAUUAACUUCACUGGAUAAGUUCAGGAGCGGUGACGCAUUGGCCAUGUUAUUAACAUGAAAUAAAAAUGCGCCAUUUCAAAGCUUAAUAGUAUAUUUAUCCAAAGUGAAAAAGUUUUUAUGAUAAAGUAAUCUAUAGUUACAUUCGUUUCAUUAUUUUAUAAUACCAUCCUCCUAGGUCUAGGUUCUAAUAAAUUAAAACAUUGGACACUACAUUAUAUAGAAUGUCAUUAACUUACAACAAAAUGACAGUAUAGUCAGCGCCACCACUGAAAUUGGACGAAGGACGAACUGAAAUUGCUUCAGUUAAUGUAAUCUUGUGCAUUUUACUAUUAAGUCAAUUAUAAUUAACCCAUCAGAAUAACCUUGUCUUGCUAAAAUGAUUUUCUUAAGUUAUAUUCAACGAUUUUUAACGAUCUUUACAUUUUUUUCCAAAUUUUGGUGUGGUGGCGCGGACUUUAGAGGCCAGUUUGUCUUUCUGUUUAGUGAUUCUUAGACUUUUCUUCUAAUGGAACGAAUGAAACUAAAAUUAUAUAAUACGUGUAUAAUAUAAUUAGUACUAGUCAAUAAUAAGCUGCAAAAUUAUCGGUAUAUUAAGCUUUAUUUAAAUUAUUAUUUUGUAAUGCCGUAAAUACGUAAGAAUGCAUAUUUUAGUAACUCAAAUAUUUUAGGGUAAUUCUGUCGAUUUUUAUACGUUUUUAUAUGCAAAUUAUUACUUUAUUUCUUCAUCAUUUAUGUUAUUUUAUUACUCAAUAAAUAUUUCCUUAUUGUUUAUGUAUUUAUUAUGUAUGUGUAUUAAUAUAUGAUUAUUUUAACGUUAAAGUAUUCUCUAUAAAAAACCUACUGCUAUUACGUACUGUAUUGUGAAAAGAAAUUAUUGUUAAUAUUUUAUUCUUCUUUCUAUUUAUGUAUAUAUGUUUAUAUGAGUAUAUAUCUAUUGUAAAAUAUUAAAUAAUAUAUAUUAUUUGUUGUUUAUAAUAUCCAUCGUAUAAAUUAAGAACAGAUGAUAUUGUAAAUCGUUAUAUCUAGCCAAUGCAGAUAAAAUACCUUUCAUACAUCGAGAUAUAUAUCUAGAACUCUCUAUAUUCCAAAAGGUAUUAAAUUUCGCACAAUACGCAAUAUAUUGUUAUAUGUAUAUGUCUACAAUUAUGCAGCCUGCGUUUCGAUCGUUGUUACGUGUCAGGAUUUCGAAUGACAAUAAAGGAUUACAUAAUAUGA